AUGGUUGCUUCUAGCGGCAUAGCUUCUUUGUUAUUGCCUGGAGGAAAAAUAGCACAUUCAAAAUUAAAAAUUCCUGGUUCGAUAUUUGAAGACUCGACAUGCAAUAUUCAUCAAGGAACACAAUUGGCUGAAUUAUUGAAUGAAGCAAGUCUUAUCAUCUGGGAUGAAGCCCCCAUGGCUCACAAGUUCUGUUUUGAAGCACUUGAUCAAAGUCUAAGAGAUGUUAUUAAGGCGAAAUCAAGUUCUGAUAAAAUCUUUGGUGGUAAAGUUAUGGUAUUUGGUGGAGAUUUUCAGCAGAUUCUGCCAUUCAUUCCUAGGGGUAGCCGGUCUGACAUUGUUAAUGCAACUAUAAAUUCAUCUUAUCUAUGGAAUCAUUGCCAUGUUUUGACACUAUUGAAAAACAUGCGUAUAGAAGCCAAUACAGAUGCAACAAACAGAGAAGAAACUGCAGCCUUUGCAGAGUGGAUCCUUAAUAUUGGUGAUGGAAUUGCUGGCCAACAAAAUGAUGGUUAUGGUUCAAUUGAAAUUCCAAAAGAUUUGUUAAUCACAGAAUAUGAUGACCCACUAUUGCAAUAG